AAUUGGUAGAAAGAGACGGAAAAACCUAAUGAGGGCGGGAAGGCAACAGGUGGAUGGAGGAAGAGAAAGUAACAUCCACUAACAAAGACAAUCUGGAGGAGAAAAAGGCAGCUCUUUUGACAGUGUAAAGGAGACUCAAUCUGUUUCUUAUUCUGUGUGGAGGAGUAGUGUAGUGUUCAGUGCACUCUGUUGCCGUUGGAAAUGAACUGGGGCAACACCUGAGAGGAGGCUGGUCGGGAGCAGAAAGGGAAUGCUUUCGUUCUGGAGAAUUGAGCCGCUGUUAUCCUCACCUGGUGGAUGUACGGGGCGGAGAGAGGCCUGAUUGGAGGGAACAUUCUGGGCUCCGUUCUCAGCUCUGAAGUGGUUAUAUGGCCAGAAGGAAAUCCUGUAUCACACCUGAUCAACUAAAGAAUGCUAUUUUCCACACUUGUGCUGUGACCUACUACAGUACUGAAGCUACUGUAUAUGGAAGAGCCUUCUCUGGCCAGGGAGGAUUUAGGAGUCACGAAGCGACAGGUACAAGUCAACAAGAGACCCUAGGUCAUCUGGGAUUAUAACCUUGCAACAACCAUCACGGGAUAGCAUUGUAAGGCAGACAUCACUCACUUGCUUAUAACACAGUUAUAACAUAGUCAUAGCAUUGUGACGUGACACUAAGUCAGUGUCUUGGUGUGGCUCCCAGGCCCAGACAGCCCACUCCUCUUCACGAUGCAACAGCCAACUGGAGGAGUGGAGCAGCAGGACGAAUCCUUUGAUUUCCUGUUCAAGAUCAUCCUGAUUGGAGAUUCUAACGUGGGCAAGACCUGCGUGGUCCAGAGCUUCAAGUCAGGACAGUUCUCAGAGAGGCAACAGAACACCAUAGGAGUGGACUUCACCGUGCGGACAGUGGACAUCGAGGGCAAGAAAAUUAAGAUGCAGGUAUGGGACACGGCUGGACAGGAGCGUUUCCGGACCAUCACCCAGAGUUACUACCGCAGCGCCCACGGCGCCAUGAUCGCCUAUGACAUCACACGCCACGGAACCUUUGACUCCGUGUCCAAUUGGAUCAGGGAGGUGGAGCUGUACGGCGCGGCCAAUGUAGUGCUCUGUCUCAUUGGUAACAAGUCUGACCUGGAGUCUGAGCGUCAGGUGUUGUUCCAGGAAGCAUGCUGUAUGGCUGAGGAGAGAGGCAUCCUGGUAGCAUUAGAGACCUCAGCUAAGGAGGCCCAGAAUGUGGACGAUGCCUUCAUGAUGAUGGCCCGCGAGCUGCUGGCGCGCAACGGCACUGUCGUCCGGCAACAGGCCCCUAGCAACAAUGACUCGCCCCGCGUCCUGCUCCGAGCCAACUCACGACCAAUCAACGGGCCAGCGGUGAUCACAGACAGGAAGACGUGUUGCUGACAUAGAGAGGAGGAAGGACAACAGAGGGAGUGUAAGAAUGGAUACCUGCGUGUGCCACUGUGUUACCUGGAAGAGGACAGAAUAAGGCAGGGAUCAUCAACUAGAUUCAGCCGCGGGACGAUCUUUUCUGGAACGGAUGGUUGAGGGGCCGGAACACAAUUACAAUUCAUUUGUAAACCACAAAUUGACCGCAAGAAGCCCAAACAGAUAUAGUUUGACGAAACAUAAUCAUUUCAAACCUUGUUCACAUUUGUAUACGUUCACACGUGUCUCUCCAUUAUGCGUGGGAAUACUUGGGAACAGAUUUCUUCAAUUAAAAUCACUUGGAGCUGAUUUCCUGGUGUUUCAACAAUCUUUAAUGUCCAACAAUAACAAUUCCACAAAGAAAUAUAUAUAUAUAAUAAAUAAAACCCACCCGCGGGCCGCCACCUGGGAAACCCUGGAAUAGGGGAAGCUGAGACCGUUACAGGCAGAACACACACCUGGGAAACCCUGGAAUAGGGGAAGCUGAGACCGUUACAGGCAGAACACACACUCCUUUUGUGUGUGUGACUUUAGGUACUAUUGACCUAUGUAGUGGUGUAGCGCAGUUUCUCAACCCCCUG